AUGGCGGCUGUGCCCUUAGACCCCAGCCUGGGGGUCCCUCCCACCCCGGGGACCUGGUCAUCAGGCUCAGGUGAUGGGUCUGGGUUUCAGCCCAUGGGACGACCUGAUGCGCCUCAACUCUCCUACCCGAUACUCUCUUUGCCAGAAAUACUAAAAUUGGAAAACGAAACGGUGAACGGCAGCCGCGUGGAGAUUUCGCCGCUGAUUUCCCUUCCCUUCAACGCGGUCUCCCUGCUGACCCUCCUGGUGGGCCUGUGCGGCCUGGCGGGGGACGGGGCCGUCAUCUGGCUGCUGGGCUUCCGCGGGAAGAGGACCCCCUUCUCCGUCUACAUCCUCCACCUGGCCUGCGCCGACGCCGCCUUCCUCGCGGGUCUGUGCGCGCAGCUCUCGCUUUACCUGGCGGGUUGCCACGAGCGCCUGCUGGACCACCUGCUGAGGGCGGUGCUCGUCCCUUCGUACCUGGCGGGGCUGGGCCUGCUGGUGGCCGUCAGCGCCGAGCGCUGCGUCUCCGUGCUCUGGCCCCUCUGGCACCGGUGCCGCCGGCCCGCCCGCCUCUCCUCCGUGGUGUGCGGCCUCAUCUGGGCGCUGUCCCUAGGCCUGGGGGUCCUGGGGGUCCUGUGUGACGACUACGUUGGGUUCUCAUGUAGGGAGAUCUCGCUCAUCUAUUACGGGGCGUCGGCCAUCACCUUCCUGGGGCUGUGCGCGUCGGGCCUGACGCUGCUCGUCCGCGUCCAGUGCGGCCCCUGGAGGCGCCGGCCCAGCCGGCUCUACGUGACCCUCCUGCUCAGCGUCCUGGCCUUCCUGCUGCUCGGGCUGCCGUACGGAGUGGUCCACAUGUUCCACGCCCUCUCCCCAUCCAUGCCCUACGGUUACAUCCUGCUGCCCGUCUGCCACCUCCUCUCCGCCCUGAACUGCCUGGUGAACCCCGUCAUUUACUUCUUCGUGGGGAGCCACGGGCGGCGCAAGGGCAGAGCCCCCCUCCGAGACGUGCUCCAGAGGGCGCUGAGGGAUGAGGAGGAGGGGCCUGAGCAGAGCAGCACCUCCGUCUCCAGAGAAAUCGAGGUGUCCCCCUGA